AUGGAAAAAAAACUAAAAAUAGACGAUUUCGAAAUGAAAGCUGUUUUAGGUAAAGGAGCAUAUGCCAAGGUUGUUUUAGUAAAAAAGAAGGAUAACUAGAAGUUAUAUGCAUUGAAAAUAUUAAAAAAAGAAAUGGUAGAAAAUAGAAAGCAAGAAAAGCAUGUAAUGACUGAAAGAAAUCUAUUAAUAAAUUUGAAUCAUCCGUUUAUUAUAAAAAUGGAAUAUUCAUUUUAAAGUGAAGCAAAGCUAUAUUUUUGUCUUGAAUACUGUCCAGGUGGGGAAUUAUUUAAUUUAUUGUAAAAACGUGAAUAAUUUAAUGAAGAUCAAACAAGAUUUUAUGUUAGUUAAAUUGUCUUGGCAUUAGAAUUUAUUCACAAAAAUAAUGUCAUGUACCGUGAUUUGAAACCUGAAAAUGUUCUUAUAGAUAAAUAAGGAUAUAUCAGAAUUACAGAUUUUGGUCUUUCUAGAGAUAAUAUAAAAGGAUAUAACGAUGCAAAAACAGUUUGUGGAACUCCUGAGUAUUUAGCACCGGAAAUCAUUCUAAAAUAGGGAUAUGGAAAAGCUGUAGAUUGGUGGACACUUGGGUGCUUGAUUUAUGAAUUAUUAACUGGUCUUCCACCUUUUUAUAAUGAUAAUAAUAAUGACAUGCUUUUUGAAAAAAUUAUGAACGAAAAUUUUAUUUUUAAUAAAUAAUGGACAAAGUAAUGUUAAAAUUUAUUAUAAGGUUUGCUUUAAAAAAAUCCUAAAUAAAGGCUUGGAUAUAAUGGGUCUUAAGAAAUUAAAGAGCAUCCCUGGUUUAAUAAUCUAGAUUGGGAAGUUUUAUUAAAAAAAUAAUAUAAACCGCCUUUUAUUCCUUAGUUGAAGAGUGAAACUUCACUUUGUCAUUUUGAUGAAGAAUUUAUUUAAAUGCCUAUUAAUUCACAUAAUUAAGCUGAAUCUUUGUAAGGAAAACAUAAAGAAUUUGAAGGAUUUACCUAUUCCACUUAAAAAAUAUGA